GCUGUUGUCUGAGCAUCAUGAACAUCGUGUCUUGGAGGCACUCGACCUGAUGAAUGAAAUGUUAACAGAAACUGUGCAAAUUCCAAACACUGAAUUUAUGUCCAGCACCCCCCAGAUGUCACCUCGUAGUCCUCAAGGGCAAAUCCUCUCCUCAGCUAGAGGGAACUACUCAAGUAACCGCAGCCUUUCAGCAAAUAGGGCUGAAAAAAGUACAGCAGCUGGCGCUACAGGACUGGGUCGAACACGAUCUCUGUCAUUGCCCCCUGAUGGUUCAGCAUUGUUAACAAGAACUAGAAUAUUACAGAAGAAAGUACCUGCCUCAAGGGGAAGAAAAACAGUCGGGACAAGUAGUAAUGCUCAAAGCAGACCAGUUUCUUCUUUACCUCGGAAUCACAUUUCUCAAACUGCACAAAGAAAAAUAUUGACAGAUCCAAGAAAACCGAGAAGUCAUACCCAAGGCCAUGUGAAAUUGCAACAGUGUCAUAUUAAAAGGGUGCCUGCAGUGCAGAAUCAAGCCUUUCAGUGUUCAUCACCUAUACAAAGGCCAAAUGUUCAGCGUUAUAAAAGGCAGACACAAGCAGGAGUAGAUGUCCUGUCUGAAGAAGAGGAUGAGUUGGAGAGUGUCUGGUCUCCACCUGAUGAGAUCAGAAGAAUUCUAGACAAGAGCAAUGAUACUCUUUCACAACAUGAAAAUGGUGAACAUGCUUUCAGUGUUCUAAAUGCAGAAGGUAUAGAUGAUAUUUCAGACAGCACUGGAAGUAUUCUCAGCAAGAUUGACUGGAAUGCCAUAGAAAAUCUGGUUGCAAAUGUGAAUGAAACGUAAAAUGAUGCUGAACACACCAUGAAAAGCUUGAAGUGCUUUACUGAUGGAGACUGAUUUUUUUUAAUACAUAUUCUCACACCUUUGCACUUAUUCCUUUAAAACUUGAUGUUUGCUGUAAUACUGGAAGCAUUGCUGAAACUUAUUACUGUAUCUUUACUGGUAAGUGCACAUUAAAGGGAACAAUGUUUACAGCCUGCACAUUAAUGUACAUUGUGUGGCCUUUAGCUUUGAUUUUUUAUUACAUUUAAGUGUAAUUGUUUUAAGAAUAUAAAUAAAAAACACAGAAAAUUGUUUUCCAAGAAAGCUUAAAAUGAUGGGUUUAGUAUCUUAAGAAUCAUAUUAGGACUGUAUCCAUGGUAUCCUGUAAAUUAUAUCUGCAUGCUGUUUUCCCAGACACAGGUCUAAGGCUUCCAUGCCAAGAGUCUGGAACAGAACUUAAAAUAAUUAAAUAAUUUGGGCCAAUAGGAACACAUGAUUUUGAUAUCAAAAGUUACCAGUGUACAGUCCUAGCAUCCAUAAACGUGUAAAGCAGCAUCUCUGUUUUGAAGGAUUGAAACUACAAACUCCCAGUAAAAACAAAUCACAAGUAACAGAACUCUAGGAACUUCUUUUUACAGGGUAACAAGCCACCCCACAACCCCAUACAGAAGGCUCUGCCCUCCACACCUCCAGUACUUAUUCUAAUUUUGAGUUCACAUACUGUCCGGGAAGUGUGCAUUUCCUUUUCCCAAGUUUGUAUGACCUCUAAGUUAGCACUCAUUUCAGCAUUCUGACUUAUACUUUUAAAAUUAAGCUUCUGCUGUUCUGGCGCACGGCCUUCAAGAUUCUGAUUGGAAACCUUGAUAAAAUCAGCAUUUUGUAUGUGCUUGAAUUUCAAGUCCCAGAACUCUUCAUAAUACCUGUGUCCCCGUUCUGCAUUAAAAAAUGCAUUCUUUUUUGCACCAAAAAUAUUUUAAUACAAGAUUUGUGAUAUUUCUGAAAAUUAAUAGGUGGUGAUUGGAAGAAAACUUGAGUUUACAUACCAAGCCUUUGCACACUGAGGAGUCUGUCCUACAGAAAGCUUACAGUCCACACUUAUUCCUAGGCACAGGGAAUUGACAAUUUUGUUACCACUUGGGCAUACUUCUUGGCUGCAUUUUGUUGCAGGACCCCAUACCAUAAUUGUUACGGCAUACACAUCAGUUAUCAAAGCCAAUAAUCUUCCUGACAAUGAGAUACCUUUGGUUGUUGAAGGGAUUGCUGCAUGUUGUGGGUAUCAUAGCCAACAAGAUGGCUGCUUCUGUAAUGGUGAAUCUGGCCCAAACCUUUGGUCUGCAUUCUGUAAUAAAACUUCUGUUCUAGAAGGAUAUGCACAUUGUCUUCGCAGUAGCUCCACUACAGAUGUUUAGUAUGUAAAGAAUUACUUACAGCAAUGACUUUAUAUUGCUGUUAGCCUGUCACAUAAUUUUUAGCAUGCCUGUUGUCAUUUGAAAGGAUGAAGAACUGAUUUGUGUUCCAAAUGUUUGAAAAUGUAUUUUAUGAACAUCUCUACUCUUACUCUAAACAUUACCUUCUAGAAAUUAUAUGAUGGAAGAAAGCAAGUCUUCACUAACUAUAUCGGGAAGCUUUUUCUUAGACUUUGAUUCCAGCCACAAAAUCUGUUCAAUGUUCUUACCUAGAAUAUGAUCUGUAAAUGCAGCCUGACAAAGUGUAAUACCCAUGAAGGCAGAGGUUUAGCUGGCUCAACUGGUGCCAUGUGCUAGUCUAGUGAACUAGAGCCCCACCCCCUCAACUCUUCAAGUGAAGAGCAAAAAAAAAAAAAAAGUCCAUGAUCAGGUACUUUGGUGGGAGCAAAUCAGGUCCCGUCUUUGUGCCUUGCCCCUGAUCCUGCUUCCUCUCAUUUUUUUUGUUAAAUAAAUAAUAACAAAAGAAAAAAGAAAAAAAUUUUUUUCUUUUAAAUUGUAGCAAAUUGCUUACUACAAAUGUCGCAAGUGUUUCUAAAGUUUAUACCACACACAAAAGCUUACCACUCAGGUUUUACUUUAAAAAAAAGUAAAUAUAUUUUUUACAUUUAAACUGUAGCAAACUUAGAUGACCACUUCUCAGGAAAUUUAGCAAGGUAAUGACAGACCUGAUUCCAGUUAUGUCUGCAAGCCGGAAUGGUUCCCAGACUUUCCUGUUCCUGUAAUGGAAGUAUGUUCUGUGUUAGGGAGCUGAUUUAUAAAGGGUAUGUCUUUUUGGAAAUACUAUUGUAUAACAUUGUUACACCUUUAACAAUGUAACUGAAAGAAAAUAUUCUGUGUGCUAUGCUCCACUAUUCUGUGUGUUGUGCUCCAUAGCAAAAACUUAAUGGAAGAAAUUCCGACUUUUCUGCUUUUUCAGUAAACCUGCAAAACAAUCAUAUGGAGUAGUCUUCAGUCCAUCAUAUAUCACCUUUAUUUCGGAGUUAAUGGCAUUCGUAUAUGCAGAUAUCUUCAUGUCUUUCUUGUAGCUGUCAAAUACCUAACAUUUUCCAGAAUGCCUAAAUUUUUUCCUAAUAUUUUUGGUCUGUUUUUCAUAAAAUUUGUAGUUUUCUGCCAAAUCGCCAAUGACUAAUGUCACUGAGUGAUGAUAGACAUUUGAGUUUCAGAGUUCAUAAGCUCAAAAAAAAAAAAAACACUUACACAGAAGGCAAAGCCACACAUAGAUACUGCAGUUUCUUUGAGUUAAAUACAGUUUGUUUUAUAAGGUCUAUGAUUUAUUUGGUGUUGUUGCAGUUUCAUGUCAAUGCCGCUUGCUAGUUUCAGACUUCAUACCCUUCAGAAAAUUGCAUGCUAAUGCAAAAUCUGUUAUUUUGUCAAUUCUCGCAGUUUAUAAGAGUUAUAUUUCAAAUCCAUAUUUGAUAUUCUGCCUUUGCCACCCCCUCAAAUUAUUUCUGGCUUUGUCCAUAAGUCUUGCAGUAAGAGGUUGUGAUACUGUAUAUUCUUUAGCUCCCAUUGACCCCCCCCCCCCCAAGUACAUGGAACUUCCCCUUAAAAGAUGAAGAGCAUAACACUGUAGUUUUGCAUUUGAAAUCAAAGACCGUGAGGUGACUUUCUUUUUUACAUUUUCAAAGAUUGGAUAUCCUUUAAUUGUAUUUUUUUUGUUAUUUGAAAGUAAGCUAAGUAAAACUAGUUCAAUGGACUUUUAUAUCCAUGACCAGAAAAAAAAAGUAACUAGUAGUUACAAAACCAAUAUAUUAUGCCCUGUCUUCUGGCAGGGUAAUAUGUUUGCACUCCAUACACACAGAAAAUCCUUGAGUAACUGUAUUAAUGUACUCCAUAUCAAAAUCCCAACAUGUUUGUACAUAGUACAGGAUAUAUCACUUCUAAUUAGAAGUUUUGGAUUUUUUUUCUGGGCCUUCACAAAAAAUGCAGAAUGUCCAGUAGGACACUUACUGGUAUACAAAACAGAAAAAAAUAAAUACAAAACAUGUAAAAUAUGCUAUAAAAAGAGUGUUGUGAACAGGGAAUAAAGAAAAGAUAAACAAAUACUCAUAAAUAAGCAUGUACCUGAAUCUGAAUCUUGUUGGUAUUACUGGGGUACCUUCAGUGCUAGCCUACCUGUGUCUGAUUAGGGUUUUGUCAAGUGCUUGGGUUCCUCCCACAUUCCAAAGACAUGCAGAAGGUGAAAUGGUGAAGCCUCCAGAUUGCCCACAGGUGUUAAAUGCAGUUGUUUGUGUGGGUAUUCUGAAUUCGACUGGUACUCCACCCAAGAUUAUUUUUUUCUGCUUUGCAGCUGUGGAGUGGCAAGAUAUGCUCUGGCAUUUCUCUGACAAUGAAACUGGUAUCAGAAAAUGUAUGAAUGAAGAAAUAAUAUUGCCAGUAGCUAAAACUGGAGAAGAGCAGAAAUAUGUAAAAUACACAAUAUUGUGUUUAUUUUUUGUUACCCUUGAUACACUUGGGUGUAGUUUUCAAAUCUGAUUAGCCAUCACAGUCUUAUUCAUUGCCUGUGUUCUCAAAUCCUGUAUGUACAUGAUACCUAGAUCAAGUGAUUUUAUUUUCUGUAAGAGAAAUCAUGAAUUGUCAUAGAUAUCUGUUUUUCAUUUGCUUUUAAGUCCUAAAUGUCAGGUAUGCUGCAGUUAAUUCAGUAAAUGUUGCCUUAUUUAUGUUAAAGAAUGAAAACAUGGUAUGUAUUUAUAUGUUUUAAUAUGCACAUAUUUUAUGAACGGUUAUGAAAGAAUAUUUGUAAAAAUAAAGAUUAUUGUAUUGUUAAAUAUGCUGGAAUGUUUCAUUUUGAUGUGUUCUUGAGUUCUGUGGUAGAGCUGCCUGUUAUAAAGCCUGUAAAUGGGUACAUCCUUUUUUGAAAAUAAAAACCGAACACCACUCAUAUUUAGAAUCUAAGUUAACUAAGUUAAAAUGGUCUGAAGAAGCAGCCUUGUGUUGUGAAAACACUUACCUAAUAAAAAGCUUCAAAUUUUAAUCUG